GUUGCUGUAUGUAACAUGAAGCUCGAGAGACUUCUCAGCAUGAAAGGUGGCAAAGGACAAGACAGCUAUGCCAAUAACUCUCAAGCUCAGGCGAUGCAUGCACGGUCUAUGCUUCACCUGUUAGAGGAAACACUUGACAAUGUUCACCUAAACACCUCCGCCAGUCCCCCACCGUUCACGGCGGUUGAUCUUGGCUGCUCAUCCGGCGCAAACACUGUCCACAUAAUCGAUUUCAUAGUCAAACACAUCUCUAAGAGGUUUGAUUCCGCCGGAAUCGACCCGCCGGAGUUCACAGCUUUCUUCGCCGAUCUCCCGAGCAAUGACUUCAACACACUUUUUCAGCUUCUUCCACCACUUGUCUCUAACUCUUGCAUGGAGGAGUGCCUUGCUGCCGAUGGAAACCGCUCCUACUUCGUCGCUGGUGUUCCCGGCUCAUUUUACCGGAGACUUUUUCCGGCGAGAACCAUUGACUUUUUCCACUCUGCCUUCUCCUUACAUUGGCUCUCUCAGGUGCCGGAAAGUGUGACGGAUAGGAGAUCAGCUGCGUACAAUAGAGGGAGAGUUUUCAUACACGGCGCUGGAGAGAAGACAACGACGGCUUACAAGCGACAGUUUCAGGCGGACUUGGCGGAGUUUUUGAGAGCAAGAGCUGCGGAGGUUAAGAGAGGUGGGGCCAUGUUUCUGGUUUGUCUCGGUCGUACCUCUCUGGACCCCACCGACCAGGGUGGUGCCGGUCUACUCUUCGGCACUCAUUUUCAGGACGCU